AUGCGCCGUGGAGGGGGUCCCAUCCAUCAUGGAGCCCCUAUACCAACUACGCUGGGUUUUGCGUUUCCAGCCUGCGUUACUGAAGCUCUUAUUCAGGUUUCCAAACAUGUCCGCUUGUCGAGUCAUGGUCGAAGUCGCCCUGCUUUGACCAAAAAUAACGAUCUACAACUGCUUAUCGACAACGAAAUAUUCUGUCUGACUGCAGAUAGAAAGGGCUCGCGCCUCUCACAACUUCAAGAGUUCACUCUCAUCAAUCACCUUGCUCACUUUUUCACGGAACGAGAUGAGAUGAAUAAAUAUGCAUAUUUUGAAGUACUUUUCCUUGGAAGAGAGGGCGAGUCACAUGUUCAUGAGCACAGACUUCGUAUUUUAUAUCGAUUGGCAUCGUAUGCAUUGCAGUUCCCGGUUCUUCAACUCUAUGCCCAGAUUUCUCUGUGGUUGUCUAAGGUUGGUAAUAGCAAGCCGUACGCUGAAGAACUAGUUGCGGUUUUGGCAGAACACUACCUCAAGCCAAGUGAUUCAAAAAUCCUGUCGAAGUCUGAUAUUUUGGAGGCAGUGCUAUCUUUGCUAUUACGAACCGUUACACUUAUUGACUCGCUUCCGGAGUUCACUGUGUUCUUUGUUGGUAUGCUUUUUGAUCCGGAAUUACGAUGGUCUCGUUUUCGUUGCGAUGCUCUUUGUAUUAUCGGCUCUAAAAGUCCUGCAGCUUGCAGGAAUGAAGCUGAGAAAGGCUGCCCAAACAUUCCGUCCAGCUUAUCUCGCUUGAUAUCAGACGCACAGGCAAGGACACUGGUUUCGGUUCCGGUCCAAUGA